AUGAAUAAUCUCCAAUAUUUGAGAGACGCUUGGUUUCACCUUGAUGAUUCUCAAAUGGAUUAUUCCCUUCACAGCUUUCUAUCAUCUUUAAUCAAUAAUCAUGAAACUAAUCAACGGUUACCAGUCUUUAUUCAACCACGACAUCCCGUCAACAUUUCAGAUCCACAAAUAUCUGCUUUAUUUUCCAGUAAAAUUACCUAUUAUUCUACAGCAUUCAUUGGUGAAAUUCGAUUUACCACCAGCAACUACUGUCAUAAGAAAUCAACUGAUGACUCUUCAAUUGUCUACAGAGCUGGUGAUGAAGUUCAUUUCGGCCGUAUUCAUCGGAUUUUCACUGUAGAUGAUGGAGAAGUGCUAUUUCAAAUAUUCUCACUUUCGAGCUCUUCUGAUUUUACUUGCGAAGUUAAUGAUGAACAAUUCUAUUAUGAUGAAAUUGAAAUUGGAACGAUCACUUCUGGAACAACUAUUUGUAUAAUCAAGGCAGAACAAAUAAUUGAAAAAUGUGUCUUUUAUUUACAAUCGAAUGGUCGUGCAACAUUCAUUCGAUUUCCUAAUUUGGAGGAACAUUCUUGA